AUGGCUGCUUCAUCCUUAUCCAAUCGCUCCUGUUUCUCCGGGAUUUCCUCCUCCUCCAUAAUUGUCCCAUCUCCUCUCCCUCGUGCCACGUCACCACUGAGCAGCACGAGGUGCACUGAUCAGCUUCCCGGUUUUCCGGAAGCGACCGCCGACUGUCGCAUUAACAAAGGCUCUCUUAUAGGCACCCAAUUUGGACAACGUCCCUCCCUGCCUUUCAUUCUUCCGGUCCGCUCGUUACAAUCACGUUACGAACACUCACAGGCUCGGCGUCUCCCACCUGCGGGUGCUUACAGCGACGGCAACCAACCAGGGUACCCCUAUUCCUUCACUCGCGUUCCUAACGAAGCGUCCUUUAGCGCGGACGGCUCGUGGCCGGAUAAUUUCAGAGUUUGGGAGAAUGGCGGCGGAUUGGUCCACGUGGAGGCGGUGGUUGACAGCUCAGCAGUGAUCGAACCGUCCGCUGUGGUCCAUGCGGAGGCUCGGAUUGGCGCGAAAACAAGGAUCGGAUCAGGGUCGGUGGUGGGGCCGUACGUGAAAAUAGGCGCGGAGACUACCGUGUGGUACAACGUGUCGCUCACGAAUUGCACGAUUGGGGAUCGCUGCGUCCUCCACAAUGGCGUGCAGAUUGGCCAGGAUGGGUUUGGUUUCUUCGUGGACGAAUCUGGCAGCAUGGUCAAGAAGCCACAAACGCUGGGGGUGCAGAUAGGCAGUGAUGUGGAGAUGGGCGCAAACACAUGUGUUGACAGGGGCAGCUGGAGAGACACACAGAUUGGUGAUUUCGUGAAGAUCGAUAACCUUGUGCAGAUUGGGCACAAUGUGGUCAUCGGUCGCUGCUGCAUCAUCUGUGGUCAAACUGGCAUUGGCGGCUCCUCCACUCUGGGCGACUAUGUGGUGCUGGCAGGGCAAGUGGGCGUGGCUGAUCAUGUCACCAUAGCAGAUAAGGUGCGCGUGGCAGCCAAGUCAGGAGUGGCAUCGGAUAUCAAGGAGCCUGGGGACUAUGCCGGCUUCCCAACGGUGAAAGCGAGCGAGUGGCGGCGAUUGGUGGUUAUGGAAAGGAGAAUGAUGAAGGGAACGGCCCCUGCCGCAGAUAGAUCCGCGCCAUAUUCUAAUCCAACGGUGAAGAAGGCUUGA